UCUCAUCUGAAGGCAGAAGAAAGCAGAAUAGAGAAACGCAGAAAGCAAAGGGAGCCCUACAGCUACUGCAUCUGCUGCCACUAACCCACUGUUGAGUUGUAAUUGUGCUGCUAGUCUAGACAAGUGUCCUCCUCCAAUACCCGAUUGCUUGACACGUAAGCGUAGCUCCAUCAUCAUCAUCAUCAUCAUGAAGCGGUUGUUAAUUGUAAUUGCACUUUGUUGCUAUGCAAUUACUCCAGUUAUUCCAUGUCCAUCUCUAUCUCUACUUCUACCUCCUUCUCAGCCCCACAACGACUCCACUACUUAUCCCCCUCCCGUUACAUUAGUCCCCAAUACGGUGGACAGUAAGAAGAAUGGUGAGUGUCCGGAAAAGAUUAAUGAAGUUGCAUCCCUUAGAUGUGCAUUUGAGUUAUUUGAUGCCAACUUCUUCAACGAUAAAAAGAUUCUGGAGAUUGUCAAGGGAGUGAAAGAGCUCAAUAUCCCUAUUAUCAGAGCUAAUCGGAAAUUAGUUGCUUCUGUUAAUGGAGGGCUGCAUAAUCCAUCUGCUUUGGUGUUCAAUCCUGAGUGGAGCAGGGAGCAACCCCAAAGCAUAGGCAAAAGAUUUCAUUACCCUUCUCUCAUUGGCACUAAGAGACCAAAAAAUGAAGAAGAUAUUGCUUUCAUGAGUGUUCUUGAAUUAGGGGAACUGAUUAAGACAAAACAAAUUACUUCAGAGGAGCUUACUCGCAUUUUCUUGCAGAGGUUGAAAAGGUACAAUCAUUUUCUUGAAGCUGUGGUCUCUUAUACUGAAGAACUAGCAUACAAGCAAGCGAAACAUGCUGACGAGUUGCUUGCCCGAGGGGUGUAUUUGGGUCCUCUCCAUGGAAUCCCUUAUGGGUUGAAGGAUAUAAUUUCAGUUCCCCAUUACAAAACAACUUGGGGUUCAAAAACUUUUAAAGAUCAAGUUAUUGACAUUGAAGCUUGGGUAUACAAGAGGUUGAAGGCUGCAGGGGCGGUUCUUGUUGCAAAGCUUGUUGCUGGAUCUCUGGCAUAUGAUGACAUCUGGUAUGGCGGUAGGACAAGGAACCCAUGGAACAUUGAGGAAUUUACAACGGGUUCAUCAGCUGGGCCUGCUGCAUGCACAUCAGCUGGUAUGGUUCCAUUUGCAAUUGGUUCUGAAACGGCUGGCUCAAUCACAUAUCCGGCUGCUCGUUGUGGUGUGACGGCAUUAAGGCCAACAUUUGGUACUGUCGGUAGAACUGGUGUAAUGAGCAUAUCUGAAAGCUUGGAUAAGCUUGGCCCGUUCUGUAGAAGCGCCACAGAUUGCACUGUUAUUCUAGAUACUAUUCGAGGAAGGGAUCCAGGUGAUCUCUCAUCAAGAGACAGUCCCCUUGAUGAUCCAUUCUUGGUUGACAUCACCAAACUUACUGUUGGAUAUCUUGAUGAUGCCGAGAUGGAGGUUGUUCGAGUUCUUGCAUCAAAGGGUGUUAAUGUGAUCCCAUUCAAACUGAAUUACACAGUUGACUCUGUUCAAGGUAUCCUGAAUUUUACGAUGGAUGUUGAUAUGUUGUCUCACUUUGAUAAGUGGCAACGCUUAGGGCAGGAUGAUGAUUAUGAAGCUCAAGAUCAAUGGCCCAUUGAACUACGUCGUGCACGCAUGAUUCCAGCAGUAGACUAUGUUCAGGCACAAAGAGCACGGGGAAAGUUAAUCCAGGAAGUAAGAGAAAUUUUUACCGUUGAUGCGUUCAUUGGCAAUGCAACUGACUGGGAGAAAGUUUGCAUGGGAAAUCUCGUGGGUCUGCCUGUAAUUGUAGUCCCAACAGGAUUUAAAAAUAUAUCAAAUCCACCUUCUAGUGGCAGCCGACGGAGAACCACCAUCACCACUGGCAUAUAUGCACCCCCUCAUCACGAUCACAUUGCUUUAGCACUGGCAAUGGCUUACCAAUCAGUUACUGAUCACCACAAACAACGCCCACCUAUUAAUAAUAUUGGGCCAAACGACUCAAUUCCAAAUCCACCUACAGCUACCUCCCCUCCCAGACUAUUGCAUUUCUGAUGCCACUCCAAUGUUACUUUUGAUGUUGUUGUUGUGACUUGUGACCACAGUUUCACCGUUGAUGAUAUGGUAGAUCAAGUUUUUUUUCGUUUUUUUUUUAAUGGGAAAUAUCAAGUUUAUUUUAGGACGGAACAUUGACAUUUUUCUGACCAUAUAUCAAGGGCACUGAAUCGUUCAAUGAAAGAGAGGAAGAUGCCCAGAAUUUCCAA